AACCCUGCACCUUUCUUCGUCGGCCUAUAUAUAUACUAUUUAUAUACAUUUUAAUGGGCGGCUUAUGAAAAUGUACAGCGUGUAUAUGUUGGUUUCGAGGGAUAUUGUGAUGUGUGCGAUGAUAUUUUUUUGAGAUGGAGAAAAUAAUUGCAUUGAAUUGAAUAUAUUGGGGGAAAUUCUGCGGCUGGCUAGUAAAGGUAAUUUAUUGUUCUGGUUUCAGUGAUCGAGUUAGGGUUUCAGUGUAGGUUGAAAAUGAUGCUGUCUGUGCAAAAUAAUAUUAGACAGCCGCAGGCUCAGGGUUCGAAUCCCAGCGGCUAUGGAAGAGAGCUUUUUAAAAUAGAGAAGGGAGAACUUUUUUUGCAGAAGUCGGAAUCGACUGCGACUAAUCAGACGUCGCAGAGCAUUGAAUCUCGAGAAGUGCUGAGACAAGAUGGGGAUGGGGACCCGGGCUUACCAUGUUCAACACAGAUUGAAAACAAUUUUAGAGCGCUUACGAUCAAUUCAGGACGAUUCAUUGUUUCAGCAGUAGAUGAAGAUAUGUUGUUGGCUCUUGCUCAUCAAAAAUACAAAGCUGGCAGCUAUGCGCAGGCAUUGGAACAUUCCAAUGCUGUUUAUGACAAGAAUCCUCAACGUACAGACAAUCUUCUUCUUCUUGGAGCAAUAUAUUAUCAGCUGCAUGAUUUUGAUAUGUGCAUUGCCAAAAACGAGGAGGCGAUUAGAAUUGAUCCUCAAUUUGCCGAGUGUUUUGGGAAUAUGGCCAAUGCUUGGAAGGAGAAAGGCAACAUUGACCUGGCUAUUCAGUUAUAUUUGAUUGCUAUUGAGUUACGGCCAAACUUCUGUGAUGCAUGGUCCAAUCUGGCCAGUGCAUACAUGCGGAAAGGAAGGUUGAGUGAAGCUGCAGAAUGUUGCCGUCAAGCUCUUCAUCUCAAUCCUCGUCUUGUUGAUGCACACAGCAACCUUGGAAAUCUGUUGAAGGCACAGGGAUUAACUCAACAUGCAUACCUAUGCUAUAUGGAAGCAUUGCGCAUACAGCCAACUUUUGCAAUUGCAUGGUCAAAUUUGGCUGGCCUAUUUAUGGAAGCAGGAGAUUAUACGAAAGCCCUUGCAUAUUAUAAGGAAGCAAUCAAACUUAAACCUAAUUUUGCUGAUGCUCACUUGAAUCAAGGGAAUGUACUUAAGGCGAUGGGAAGGCCUCAAGAGGCAAUUCUGUGCUAUAAGCGAGCCAUUCAAAUAAGGCCUGACUAUGCAAUUGCUUAUGGGAAUUUGGCAAGCGUUUAUUAUGAACAAGGCGAACUGGAGUCGGCGAUAAUGCAUUACAGGCAAGCUAUAAUGCUGGAUACAGCAUUCUUAGAGGCCUACAACAACUUGGGAAAUGCUCUGAAAGAUGCUGGAAGAGUGGAAGAAGCCAUUGCCUGUUACCAGUCUUGUCUUACUCUUCAAGCAAAUCACCCGCAGGCGCUUACUAAUCUUGGAAACAUUUAUAUGGAAUGGAAUAUGAUCAAUGUAGCUGCUAACUUCUACAAAGCGACGCUGGCUGUCACGACAGGCUUGUCUGCUCCUUAUAGUAAUUUAGCAAUAAUAUAUAAACAACAGGGGCAUUAUGCGGAAGCUAUUGCUUGCUAUAAUGAAGUUCUUCGCAUAGAUCCAACGGCAGCUGAUGGUCUUGUAAAUAGAGGAAACACAUUAAAAGAGAUAGGUCGUGUUAGUGAAGCAAUUCAAGAUUAUAUACGUGCUGUGACAAUCAGACCUACCAUGGCUGAAGCACAUGCAAAUCUUGCUUCUGCUUACAAGGACAGUGGCCAUGUGGAAGCUGCUAUGAAGAGUUACAAACAGGCAUUAACACUACGACCUGAUUUUCCAGAAGCAACUUGCAACCUUUUACAUACAUUACAGUGUGUAUGUAAUUGGGAAGAUCGGGAUAGCAAAUUUAUGGAAGUGGAUGGAAUUAUAAGGCGGCAAAUCAAGCUUUCCGUUCUUCCUAGUGUGCAACCAUUUCAUGCAAUUGCAUACCCCAUUGACCCCAUGCUUGCCUUGGAAAUCAGUCGUAAGUAUGCUGAGCAUUGUACUUUGAUUGCAUCUCGCUUUGGUCUUCCACCUUUCAAUCAUCCUCCUCCUAUUCCUGUUAAGAGUGAAGGUGGAAGUGGCAGGCUUCGAGUGGGGUACGUGAGUAGUGAUUUUGGUAAUCACCCACUCUCUCAUCUCAUGGGAUCUGUAUUUGGUAUGCACAAUCGGGAGUACGUUGAGGUAUUUUGCUAUGCAUUGAGCCAGAAUGAUGGCAGUGAAUGGAGACAACGCAUACAGGCAGAGGCAGAACACUUCAUUGAUGUUUCAUCUUUUUCAUCUGACGUAAUUGCAAGAAUGAUAUCAGAGGAUAACAUUCAAGUUCUUGUCAACUUGAAUGGAUAUACGAAGGGUGCUCGGAAUGAAAUUUUUGCAAUGCAACCAGCUCCAAUACAAGUAUCUUACAUGGGAUUUCCGGGGACCACUGGUGCAGAUUAUAUUCAUUACUUAGUGACAGAUGAGUUUGUUUCACCCAUGCGCUUUGCACAUAUAUAUUCAGAGAAGCUCGUUCAUAUGCCACAUUGUUAUUUUGUCAAUGAUUACAAGCAGAAAAAUCGUGAUGUCUUGGACCCUAAUUGCCAACACAAGCGUACAGAUUAUGGUUUACCAGAAGGCAAAUUUCUUUUUGGAUGCUUUAAUCAGCUUUACAAAAUGGAUCCAGAGAUCUUCACAACAUGGUGCAAUAUUCUUAAGCGUGUACCACAUAGUGCCUUAUGGCUUCUGAGAUUUCCUGCUGCUGGCGAGAGUAAUGUGCGAGCAUUUGCUGCUGCACAGGGUGUUCGACCUGAACAGAUUAUUUUCACUGAUGUAGCUGCUAAGAGUGAACAUAUACGGCGCAGUGCAUUGGCUGACCUUUUCCUUGACACACCAUUAUGCAACGCACACACUACUGGUACAGAUAUUCUUUGGGCUGGUCUGCCUAUGAUAACUUUACCUCUUGAAAAGAUGGCUACACGGGUGGCUGGAUCUUUGUGUCACGCCACAGGUUUUGGCGAAGAGAUGGUAGUUGGCAGUAUGCAAGAGUAUGAGGACAAGGCUGUUUCUCUUGCCCUGUCUCCUCUGAGACUGCAAACCCUUAGGGCUAAACUCAAAGCAGCUCGGUUAACGUGUCCUUUGUUUGAUACUGCUCGUUGGGUGCGGAAUUUGGAUAGGGCAUAUUAUAAGAUGUGGAACUUGUAUUGCGCAGGCCAGCAUCCACAGCCCUUUAAGGUUACUGAAAAUGAUACUGAAUUUCCUUGUGAUCAUUAGUAACUUGAAAGUAAGAAUUUUCAGAAGAUUUGCAAAUAGGAAGACAGGUUUUAUAUCAGGAGUUGGUCCAUAUGAUACACCGAGUCACUGUUGAAGGAUUACGGUGUUGACGGAAACCAGUUGUGUGCAAGUCUCCAAGUUUGUGUCAUGCCAACUGAUACAAUUGUAGACUAAUACCAUUCACCAUUUCUAUGUUCGAUUCCUCUGUAUAAAAUCAAACCAAAAAUGCAUUAAACCAUACUGAGAAUUGCUAUACUAUUGUUUUUUAGUUUCCUUCUAUUGCAUUCACAUGGACAGACAACAAUUGUUGUUCAGUUCAUCAUUUGCUGUAGUAUGUUUGACAGGUUUGUUGUGUCACUCAUUUGACACCGAGAUACCCAGUAGGAGCCUGCUUGGUUAUUAUUUCUGUUAGCCUACACAGAUAAAUGUUUACAGAAUUAACACCACAUGUAGAAUAAUUCUAUGAUAUAAUGCAUUUUCUAAUGAAAAGCUUUCUAA